AACCUUAUCACUCCGUCAUACGUGGCAUUUACGGCAGAUAGAGGUCGUCUGAUCGGCGAUGCUGCCAAGAAUCAACUGACGUCUAACCUAGAAAACACUGUGUUUGAUGUGAAGAGAUUGAUUGGACGUACUUGGGAUGACCCGUCAGUUCAGCGUGCUAUCAAAUAUUUCCCGUUCAAGGUAUUAAACAAACACAACAAACCUCAAAUCGAGGUAUCAAUUGGCAACGUGUCAAAAAUAUUGACAGCAGAAGAAAUCAGCGCUAUGCUGCUUGGCAAAAUGAAAGAGAUGGCGGAGGGAUAUCUGGGUGAAACCGUUCAUAGUGCUGUGGUAACUGUACCUGUUGACUUUAACAAUGCUCAGCGCCUAGCUAUAAAGGAUGCUGGAACUAUCGCUGGUCUCAACGUAAUGAGAAUCAUCAACAGUCCUACUGCGGCUGCCAUUGCAUAUGGAAUUGAUAAAAUGAAUGUUGAGACAAAUAUUAUGGUGUUUGAUCUGGGAGGUGGGACUUUCGAUGUAUCACUUUUGACAAUUGAUGAUGGUGUGUUUGAAGUCUUGGCAAGCAACUGCGACACCCACCUAGGUUAG